UUCACUGUCAUUAGUAUGAAAGUACAAGAAGAGCUCCAAGGCUGGAAGGCUGGAAAAUCAGCACUGAACACAGUCUUAAAGAUUCUGAUAAUUCUCUGCACAACCAUUGCAGUUAUUCUGUCAUCCAUCUCUGUGUGCUCAGGUUUUUGGCUGUUUGCAGACAGGAAGCUAUUUGGACUCUGGCAUUUCUGCACUGUAGAGUAUGACAGCGAGCCUCAAUGUACAACAGAUUUAAGUGUUGCUGAGGUUAAUGGGUUAUAUACAGCUCUUGUUUUCACAAGAAUCGUCAUCACAUGUGCUGUGGUGCUGGCAAUUUUUGGCUUGGACAUGCUGAUCACCUCUCAAAUUUGUCAAGAUACUUAUUCCAGGCGCAAGUGGGCAUAUGCUUCAGGGUUGAUUCUCCUGGCUUUCUUCAUGACAUCUGUUGGCAUGCUGGUCUUUGCCAUUCAGUUGUGGACUUUUAUUACAUUCACAGGCAUCAGUUUAGCUUAUUGGUGUGCGUUCAUCGCAUCAUUUCUUUUCUUCAUCAAUGGUAUUAGUGGUCUUCACAUGUACAGCAUUACAAACUCAGAGAUUUCAGCAGACAUAUGAAUAAUUUUGUUUGCUCGAUACAUUUUCUUAUGAGUUCCUCACUUAUAUGAAAUAGUUUGGUCUCUGAGUCUGUAUAUGUGAAGUGUGUGUGUUCCAGGUUUCUCACUUUUGAGCAUUGCUAUUACUAUUUUCACAAACUCAAUAGAACUGCACUGUCUCUGUAAUUUGUAUUGCAAUGUGCUGUUUUAUGUUCCUAUUUUUAAAUAGGAUUUUUUAAAAAAUCAACAAUAUUCAAGCAGAAAUCAGAAAACAAAUCACAGUACCAAAAUAUAUGCGAUAAUUUGUGAUUUGGAGAAUAACCCCAGCUUGUGUUUAUAGUUUCAUUAUUUCUAAGAAUAUUGCAUUUAUGUUAAAAGUAACCACUUUACUAACAGUACUUGAAGUGAGAUCAACUAUGUUAAUGAAAGGAUAAGCAGGUGCAACUGGUGAGAGGUAGAUAGGUAAGAAUAUUAUUGUCUUAAUAUUUAACAACAUUUAAAAGCUUUGAAAAUUUUGAUCAUUUAUUUUAAAAGAAAUUAAAAAUUGUAUCAUUUAUGAGAUUUGAAGAUCGCAAUACUUUAUGAAUUAAGUGACACUUUUGCUUACUAAACUCUGUAUUUUAUCUUCUUGAAAUAUGGAUUUGAGUCCAAUUCAGAUUUCUGGAUACUGUCUCCUGUGCUUUUAUGGGAAAUGUUCUGAGUAAAAUGAAUGUGGAAAGUCUUAAACCAAUUAUAUUGGGAAUAGGUUUAGAUCAUAAAGCUGUCUACUGGUUGGCAUUAAAUUGGCUGACUCGCUGAGAUGUUCUGAGCAUGACUGGUGUGAGAAUUAGGAUAAUGAAUAUUGAAAUAAUGCAAGUGCUCUUCUGGGAUUGUGUUGAGGUGUAUUUUUUUGGAAUUAAUCAGAGAAAACAUUGUUCUGCAGCUCACUCAAAUUUCCUGACAUAUGAUGCCUGAUAUAGAUACUGAACAUGGUAAUUUUAUUGAACUAUGGUGUCAGUGGGGAACUUCUCUUGGCAGGCAACAGUGAAAAUUCAGAUACAGUUGGAAAAUUAAGGUGGGCAGCUAAUGUCUGAAUUUUUCACAUGUUCUGCCACAAAAAGAGCAGUACAAGCUAAUAAAAUUACUCCACUGAUGCCUAAUAUGAUCAAAACCAAAUGGUUACAGUAAUUCAAAAAAUAAAUGUUGCCCAAAAUCCAUUUGGAUAGGUGACAAAUACUGUCUUUUUCCAGAGACUACCCACAUCCUAUGAAACAAUAAAAAACAUUCAGGAACAAUGUUCUUCAAACAUUGAGUUAGUGAACACUGCUGCUGUUGAGUUUGAGUGGUUGUGGAUAUGGUGCCAAUCAAGUGGGCUGCUUUGAUCUGGAUGGUGUUAGCUUUCUAAGUGUUGUUAGAGCUGCACUCAGCUCGCUAAGUGGAGGGUACUCCAUUCACUCCUGACAUUAUAAUGGUGGAUGGCAUCAGGAGGUGAAUCACUCAUUGCAGGAUUCCUAGCCUCUGACCUGCUCUUUUAGCCACAGUAUUUAUAUGGCUAGACCAGUUCAGUUUAUGAUCAAUGGUGACCACCAGCAUGUUGAUAGCAGGAGAAUCGAUGAUGCCAUUGAAUGUCAAGAGGCAAGAGUUGGAUUAUCCCUUGUUGAAGAGAUGGCCAUUGUCUGGAACUUGAUGGGAAUGAAUGUUACUUGCCAUUUGGAUAUUGUCCAGCUCUUGCUACCUUUGAAUGUGGGCAGCUUCAAUAUAUGUGGAAUCAGAAAUUGAGCUGAACAUCGUGCAAUCAUAAGUGAACAUCCCGACUUCUAACCUUAUGGUGGAGAGAAGAUCAGUAUACUUUAUGAUUUAUAGAAUGCACAUUUCACAGGCAGUCUAACAAUAAACUAAGCCACUAUUGUUACACAUAAAGCAGAAUGACACCAUCUUCCCCAUCCUCUCCUAGAAAUUAAAACAAAAGAUGCUGGAGAAAUUCAGAUGGUCUGGCAGCAUCUGUAAGAGAGAAACAUCUAACAUUUGAGCCUAAUUACUUCCCCUUGAAACAGUUCUAAAGUUCCAAAGAAGAGCCAUGAAACAUUUAACAGUGUUUUUCUCUCUCCAUAGACACUGCUAAACCUGCCGAGUUUUCCAGCACCUUCUGUCUUAUGAGAUCUUCAGCAUCCUGGGGAGUUUUGGUUUGAUAACAUGUAUUGAGAGACUAGUGCAUGGAGAAUGGAGAGCAAAAGCUUUUAUAAACAUUACAAUUGGCAACAAGUACUCCAAAAAAAGACUACAAGUUAUAAGUUGUAUUUACUAGUUUAUGUAAUAACUAAGAAGUAAACAACUCACAUGGAUAAGCCAGCACAAGAAGUUUCAGUUUUGCACAUGAAAAAUGGUUAACAGUAACAAAUGGUCACAUUCAAGAAUUUAUAAUAAUAUUGUAUUUAACAAAUAAAUGCUGAUGAAGGAG